AGUGCGCGUGCUCUGUCACCGCCGCCGCCGCUUGAGAGGGGGAGAGACGUUUAUUCAGCUGGUGGAUAAGGAAACGAGCGGAGGGCAGGGAUGAACAGAUAGAGGCACCAGCCAGUGAAUCAAUGAACGGAUCGCGACCUGGGCUUUUUCCAGAGUACCAAACCGGUUUUAGGUAUCGACCUACACUGAGCUGACCCAGAGCACAACUCGGUAGAGUCCAGUGAAGGUCCACAUCAGCAGAAAUGGCUCCGGCAGCCAUGUCUAAGCCUCCGUCCUCUCUCAACUCACUCCGCCCUUUCCACUUUUCUCCCUCUUCUUUCCUUCUCUGCCUCCUUCUCUCCUUCUUUUUGUUGCUGUCAUGCCCUGGAUCGGUCAGUGCAGGUGCCGGAAAGAAAAACUGUUCCUCUGGUGGAGACCCCUGUCAGGAAGGAGUGGUGCUGCCUGUCUGGAACCCUCAGAACCCCUCUGUAGGAGAUAAAGUGGCACGAGCCAUUGUUUACUUUGUAGCACUCAUCUACAUGUUCCUGGGCAUGAGCAUUAUAGCGGACCGGUUCAUGUCUUCUAUAGAGGUGAUAACCUCCCAGGAGAAGGAGAUCACCAUAAAGAAGUCGAAUGGUGAGACCACCACAGCCACCGUGAGAAUCUGGAAUGAGACUGUUUCUAAUCUCACUCUAAUGGCCUUGGGUUCCAGUGCCCCCGAGAUACUGCUGUCUGUUAUUGAGGUGUGCGGUCACGGUUUUGAGGCUGGUGAUCUAGGUCCCAGCACCAUUGUGGGCAGCGCCGCCUUCAAUAUGUUCGUCAUCAUCGCUCUGUGUGUGUAUGUGGUCCCCGACGGAGAAACGCGCAAAAUCAAACACCUUCGGGUGUUUUUUGUCACGGCGGCUUGGAGUAUCUUCGCCUACAUCUGGCUCUACCUGAUUCUGAGUGUCUUUUCCCCUGGAGAGGUGGAGGUGUGGGAGGCAGUGCUUACUUUCCUUUACUUCCCACUCUGCGUGGUCCAGGCCUGGGUGGCCGACCGCCGCCUUCUCUUCUACAAGUAUGUCCGCAAGCGUUACCGUGCCGACAAGAAUCGGGGAAUCAUUAUUGAGACAGAGGGUGGGGCUGAUGGAGGGCUAGGCAUGGAUGGAGGAGGAGGGGGUGGAGUGCUGGGUCCAGGGGGCUUCACCAAGAUGGACAUGCUGGAGCUGGACGGACAGAUAGCGCUGAACUGUCACAGCGGGAUGGAUGGAGGCAUGAUGGAGGAUGGAGGAGCAAAGGACGAUGAGGACGAGGCUAGGAGGGACAUGGCAAGGACGCUAAAGGAGCUGAAGCAGAGGCACCCGGAUAAAGACAUGGAGCAGCUGAUUGAGAUGGCUAAUUAUCAGGUGAUUUUUUGCCCGGUCCUAAUGCAGCAGCAAAAGAGCCGAGCAUUUUACCGCAUCCAGGCAACCAGGAUGAUGAUCGGAGCAGGUAACAUCCUCAAGAAGCACGCUGCUGACCAGGCCCGCAAGGUGGUAAGCAGCCAUGAGACCCAGGCCCAGGAGGAUGACCCUCACACCAUCAGGAUUGAGUUUGAACCCUCUUUGUAUCAGUGCUUUGAAAACUGUGGGUCCCUGAAACUGACUGUUGGCAGACAUGGAGGUGACCCCGGAGUUACUGUCAAGGUGGAUUAUCGCACAGAGGACGGUACGGCCAACGCAGGUUCAGAUUAUGAGUUUGCAGAGGGAACGCUGCUGUUCAAGCCGGGAGAAACCCUCAAAGAGAUCACAGUGGGCGUCAUUGACGAUGACAUCUUCGAGGAAGAUGAGUAUUUCUACGUUCACCUCAGUAACCCUCGUGUCGUUGGCUAUCCGGAGAUUGGCACUGCACCUCUGGAUGCCAGCGCUACCCCGAAAGCCGUGCUGGGUGACAACCACACUGCCACAGUGACCAUCUAUGACGAUGAUCACGCAGGCAUCUUUACAUUUGAAAGUGCCACUCAGAGGGUGAGUGAAAGUGUUGGCGUGAUGGAGGUGAAGGUGCUCAGGACGUCGGGGGCUCGAGGCCUGGUCGCCAUUCCCUAUCGAACCUUGGAUGGAACCGCUAAGGGAGGGGAGGACUACGAAAUGGCUGCAGGCAAGCUGGAGUUUCAGAAUGAUGAGACCAUGAAGAUCAUCGAGGUGAAAAUCAUUGAUGAUGAAGAGUAUGAGAAGAACAAGACCUUUACCAUCGAGCUGGGAGAGCCUAGGUGGGAGAAAACUCUCAUCACUACUCAUCUCUAUUGUCACCUAGGUGACUCGAAUGAAAACAAGCCUUUGGUGGGGGCGGAGGAGGAAGAGGUGGCCAAGAUGGGCUGUCCCAGUUUGGGCGAACACACACAGGUAGAAGUGGUCAUAGAGGAGUCCUACGAGUUCAAGGUAACUAUAGAUCAGCUGUUUUUUAAGUUAAAGCUGAAGUUUAUCUGUCUUGUUUCUUCUUUUUGUCUCAUUCCUUUUUAUUAAUCGUCUUGUUACUUUUACUCCGUUUCAAUCUCCCACCUACCCAAAGGAGAUGAUGACGAGGAGGAGAGCGGCGAGGAGCGGCUGCCCUCCUGCUUCGACUACAUCAUGCACUUCCUCACUGUCUUCUGGAAGGUUCUGUUCGCCUUCGUUCCUCCCACAGAGUACUGGAACGGCUGGGCCUGCUUCAUCGUCUCCAUAUCGCUUAUCGGCGUCCUCACCGCAGUCACGGGCGAUCUGGCAUCUCACUUCGGCUGCACGAUAGGACUGAAGGACUCGGUGACGGCUGUGGUGUUUGUAGCGCUGGGAACAUCAGUGCCAGACACAUUUGCCAGCAAGGUCGCUGCCAUCCAGGACCAGUACGCUGACGCCUCCAUCGGCAACGUCACCGGCUCCAAUGCGGUUAACGUCUUUCUGGGCAUCGGCGUGGCAUGGACCAUCGCUGCCAUCGCCUGGCGCUCCAAGGGCAAACCUUUCAAGGUGGACCCAGGAAGUCUGGCCUUCUCUGUCACCCUCUUCACUAUCUUAGCUGUGGUGAGCGUGCUCACGCUUCUGUACCGGAGGCGGGCAACAGUCGCCGGUGGCGAGCUGGGUGGGCCGCGGACUUGCAAAAUAAUAACGUCGCUGAUGUUUGUCUCAUUGUGGCUGAUUUACAUCCUGCUGGCUUCCCUGGAGGCCUAUUGCCAUAUACCAGGGUUUUAAAUGUAGAGGAAAGCAGAGGGAGAGAGAGUCCCACUGCCAAUAUGAAAAGAGAGAGAGAGAGAGAGCAAUGCAGCAGUGAGAGAGGGAGAAGAGAUAGAUCGAUAUGGGCCGACUUUUCAGGAAAUCUUUAAAUCCGUCCAAAGACUAUUUCAGUUUUUCAUCAGAUGUGUUUUUUCCCUACAUUCCUCUCUGUCCUGAUAAACAGAGAGUGAGUCCUCAUAAACAGUAAAACUUGCCAAAUGUCCAAAUUAAUAAUUAUUUAUUCUACAUUAGCAGCUCUUUUAGACAGGAAGCCCCUCCCUCUGGUCUAGUUAUGAGGAAACCUCUCGAAUACAUAAAAUUAAAAUGCAACAUCGUGGAAAAAAGAUAUAAAACUGACUUUUGAGGGUGCUUCUAAAAUCAGCAGUUGACAACAAAGUGUACAGGCUCAUGUUGUCCUAAUAUACUGCCAAGACAGCUGGAACGAAAAGACGAUCAGCUGGCUUCUGAAGAGAAAAUAGGUUGAGAGUGAGGAUUAAAGUGCGAUAUAAAAAUGGAAAAGAUGAGAAGAGAAGAAACAGAAAUAGAGGAAGAAGAAAGUGUGUAUAGCAUAAACAAGAAUAUGUGGUAAAAACCUUUUACUGCCCUGUAUUAGUCACUCGUUCGCUCCCUCCACCUUUACUGUAUCAGUGGACGCUCCUGUCUGAACAUUUGAGCUCUAAAACUGACAGUGACUUCACACUUUUAAUCCCUCUUCCACCAAAUGCACACAGACACACUCACACUCACAUAUACACACUCUUGGGGCCCUUGGGUGAUUCUGCAGUUGCGGGGACCAAGUUGCGGGCGAGAUGAAAACUGACCACCUUUCAUUUUUAUUUUUUUUUGUCUUUUUAUUCUUUUUUUCCUCAGUACACUGUGCAAAAUAGUCCCUACACACACCAUACACUUUCCUCAGACCCUUGCCUUACUUUUAUCUUCCCCGUAGGAAUAAAGUCUUAAAGUUGAUGAAAUGUUGUAGUCAGCACCGACCGACCUGCCCUCUUUUUAAUUGAGCCAGUUUCUGUUUCAUUUUGGCAUCUGUUUAAUGCCAAAUCCCCACACUUUUUACUAAACUUUUGAGUGGCGUCACGUGUUGAUGUUGUUACCGUGCAAUUGUAAAAAAUAACAACAAUGAAAAACCGUAUAAAUGCAGCGUGAUCUAAUAAUGGACAAGACAAAUUCAAGUGAAGAAAUCUCUAAAGUGGGGAGGAAGAACCAACAAGAACAGUCCACCAAGAAAAAGCUGAAGCUUUGUGCACGACACAUCGUGAGGUGCAUUGUUUACACUUUAAACUACGGAUAAUGUGAACAACUUUGAGCCAAGCAGGGACUUCUGUGAUGCCGUCGAUGAACAACACAAGAAUCGGAGCAAAGGAUCGACUGCGAGACGACGGUGUUGACGACAAAUCAGAACCAUGACUACAGCCAGUGUUUCUAAUUGUACAUGAUAACAGAAACUGUCGUUGAUGUGUGUGUGAGAAGUCAUUGAUAUCCCCUCUAUCUUAAGACCCACUCUGUAGGUAAAACUCUGGAGGUAUUCAAGAAAGACUCACGUGGACUUUUUUCUCUGAAACAAAGAGAAACGAGAGGACAUUUUUAAGGAAACCCAAUGCAACAAGAAGAGUGUGAACAUAAAACCACAGGAGAGUGAGACACUUUGAAGGAAAUGUACGGCAGCUCUGAAAUAUCACAUGACUGUUCUGCUCCAGUCGGGACAUUUCUUUGUAAUCUAAACAAAAAAUUUAAAAAAAUAUAUAUAUA